CGGCGCCGCCCCCUCUGUGCUCCGGGAGGGCCCACCCGCUCCGGGCUCCAGGGGGAGCCACCCGAGCCGCCGCGGCCGCGCUGGAGGAAGGCGGGGAGAGGACCAUGUGAAUGGGCUCCGCAGCCUGAGCGCCGCAGUUUUUUUGAAGAAGCAGGAUGCUGAUCUAGACGUGGAAAAAGACGAGUCCAGUAGCCGUAUUAGAAGACAUGUGUUGUAUAUAAAGUUUGUGGUAUUUGGGGAAAUUUUGGAAUUUAGAUAAUGGGCUGUGUGCAAUGUAAGGAUAAAGAAGCAACAAAACUGACGGAGGAGAGGGAUGGCAGCCUGAACCAGAGCUCCGGGUACCGCUAUGGCACAGACCCCACCCCUCAGCACUACCCCAGCUUCGGCGUGACCUCCAUCCCAAACUACAACAACUUCCACGCAGCCGGGGGCCAAGGACUUACCGUCUUUGGGGGUGUGAACUCUUCGUCUCAUACUGGGACCUUGCGUACCAGAGGAGGCACAGGUGUGACCCUGUUUGUGGCCCUUUAUGAUUACGAAGCUCGAACAGAAGAUGACUUGAGUUUUCACAAAGGAGAAAAAUUUCAAAUUUUGAACAGCUCGGAAGGAGACUGGUGGGAGGCCCGCUCCCUGACAACUGGAGAUGCGGGUUACAUUCCCAGCAACUAUGUGGCUCCAGUUGACUCCAUCCAGGCAGAAGAGUGGUACUUUGGCAAACUUGGCCGGAAAGAUGCUGAGCGACAGCUUUUGUCCUUUGGAAACCCAAGAGGUACCUUUCUUAUCCGUGAGAGUGAAACUACCAAAGGUGCCUAUUCACUUUCUAUCCGUGAUUGGGAUGAUAUGAAAGGAGAUCAUGUCAAACAUUACAAAAUUCGUAAACUUGACAAUGGUGGAUACUACAUCACCACCCGGGCCCAAUUUGAAACUCUUCAGCAGCUUGUACAACAUUACUCAGAGAGAGCUGCAGGUCUCUGCUGCCGUCUCGUAGUUCCCUGUCACAAAGGGAUGCCAAGGCUUACCGACUUGUCUGUCAAAACCAAAGAUGUCUGGGAAAUCCCUCGCGAAUCCCUGCAGUUGAUCAAGAGACUGGGAAAUGGGCAGUUUGGGGAAGUAUGGAUGGGUACCUGGAAUGGAAACACAAAAGUAGCCAUAAAGACUCUUAAGCCUGGCACGAUGUCUCCGGAAUCAUUCCUCGAGGAAGCACAGAUCAUGAAGAAGCUGAAGCACGACAAGCUAGUCCAGCUGUACGCUGUGGUGUCGGAGGAGCCCAUCUACAUCGUCACUGAGUACAUGAAUAAAGGAAGUUUGCUUGAUUUCCUGAAGGAUGGAGAAGGGAGAGCUCUGAAAUUACCAAAUCUGGUGGACAUGGCAGCUCAGGUGGCUGCAGGCAUGGCUUACAUCGAACGCAUGAAUUAUAUCCACAGAGAUCUGCGGUCAGCAAACAUUCUGGUGGGGAAUGGACUAAUAUGCAAGAUUGCCGACUUUGGUCUGGCCAGAUUGAUUGAAGACAACGAGUACACAGCAAGACAGGGUGCAAAGUUCCCCAUUAAGUGGACAGCCCCUGAGGCAGCCCUGUACGGGAGGUUCACAAUCAAGUCUGACGUGUGGUCUUUUGGAAUCUUACUCACAGAGCUGGUCACCAAAGGAAGAGUACCAUACCCAGGUAUGAACAACCGAGAGGUUCUGGAGCAGGUGGAGCGUGGCUACCGGAUGCCCUGCCCGCAGGACUGCCCCAUCUCUCUCCACGAGCUUAUGAUUCAUUGCUGGAAAAAGGACCCUGAGGAACGGCCCACGUUCGAGUAUUUGCAGGGCUUUCUGGAAGACUACUUCACUGCAACCGAGCCCCAGUAUCAGCCUGGUGAAAACCUGUAAGGGAGCCUGGGUCUGCAGAGAGAGGCCUGGUCUGCGAGGCUUCCCCACCCGCCCCUCCCCAUUAGCUUUCGUAGCCAGCUGCUCCCAGGCAGCCAGAACAGUCCAGGUCAGAUUGCAUGUGACUCUGAAGCUGACGAACUUCCAUGGCCCUCAGACACUUGUCCCCAAAUCCGAAUCUCCUCUGUGAAGCAUACGAGACAGACCCUUGUUAUUUCUCAGACUCUGGAAAAAAGAAAAAAAGAAAAAAGAAAAAAAAUGCAUUGUAUCGAUGUUCAUGUAAAAGGCCAACCCCCCUCUGUUCAGUGUAAAUAGUUACUCCAGUGCCAACGAUCCUAGUGCUUUCCUUUUUUAAAAAUGCAAAUCCUAUGUGAUUUUAACUAUGUCUUCACCUAAUUCAACUAAAACAGAAAAAGGAAAAAAAAGUAUUAUUUUCCAAAAGUGGCCUCUUUGUCUAAAACAAUAAAAAUUUUUUUCAUGUUUUAACAAAACAAACAAAAAAAACCAGUCAGGACAGGCGUUUGUUUUUCCUCCCCUUUUUUAUGAAUAUGAGUGUAGAUAAACUCUGUACAUCCCCAGACAUUCACCGUGUGGGUGCUAACGUGGAGACCAUGGCCAUAGUGGACCACAAGCUUCAGAAACCUGAGUGAGGAUUUUCUGACAAAAUCAACAUACAAACACUGGUGACAUUUCUGAAAACCGGUGACCUCAUUUUUGGCUUUUGCAAAGCAUGAUCCUUUUUUUUUUUUUUUUUUUCUCCUUCAAUUUGGAUUGCACAUUGUUGGUUCAUGGCUAUCCCUGUCAAUGACUGUCCCAUUGACUCUUUUCACUAGUUCUGUUUCCAGUGUUUGCCUCAACUGCAAUCUACUCUUGAACCUUAAGCAAGCAGAUGCAAGCAAGCAAGCAAACAAGCAAAGGGCCCUUCCUCCCAGGUGGACCAGAAGAUGAAUACCACACAAACUUCUUGUAUAAAAAUAUGAAUGCUGAAAUGUUUCAACUUUUUUUUUAAUUUAAUAAACCUUGUAACCACAUUUAAGAGGUCUAAAAAAAAAACCUAGCUUUGUAGUCAUGGCAACCUGCUAAACUUUCUCAUGCAACUAAAAAUUUAAUGGGGAAGACGAGGGUGGUGUUACCCAUUUUUCCCAUUGUAAAAUCAGUGUUUUAAAUGUCCUGUACUGCUAAUGAAAUGACUUUCUACAUGUCCAAGAGUUCUCCAGUGGAAUAACUAUGCACUACUUUACAUUUCAUGGAGAUGCACAAAAAGAAAAAGAAAAAAAAGAAAGAAAAAAGUAUUACAUUUUUAGUUGCUGUUUGUACCAACCUUGAAUUACAUGUGUUUAACAACAAAUCAAAAAUCCUAUUUCUAUUGAGUUUUAAUACUGAGUAGCAACUCUGAAGUCUUAAAUUCCUUUUUGUUAUAAUUCAUUUGUGAGUUUACACUUUCAACUUGUUUAACUUUCUUAAUUUAGUAAUUAAAAAGAGAGCAUUUUACAUUUGAAAAAAAA